GAUCCGCCUGCGCAUUGUCUCGUGCGAGCACACGGAGGGGCUCGUGGCAGCUCGGGUCCCGGCAGUGAUUGGUGAGUUUGGUGGGGCACUCCUCGGCAAGAUGGCUGCAUUGCUGCGCGCAAUAGUGGCAUCCUGGUGAAAUGACGCAAGCCACAGUUUACGCUCAGUCCUCGAGGCUCUGAGCUCUGCGCUCUCCCAAACGGCGCAGAUCCCGCCCGACUCGCAGCCGGAAGACCGACCCGGCGAUCCUCCAGUGGACCGAGGAGAACCGGUUCAUCUGAGGAGCCCGUUUGCACUCCCCGUGCCCACAGCUCUGCCUCCCCCUGUGGGGAACAAAGCCCCCAGUGUCUCGGUGCAGCGCAGCUGGACACAGCUGUUGAGCCGAGCUGCAGCUCAAAAAGCCCCGGGACAGAGCUCUGUGGCCCGGCCGGGGGCUGCUGCUGCACGGCCAGCCUGCCGCACGGAAACCCAUUGCCUCCUGUUGACCACCUCACAUGACCGGUGAGAGUGAGAUGAGGAGAGGCUUCACAGUGUGAGGCCAUGGGCUGCACCUCGGCCAAGCAGGUGUCGGCCGUGCCCAACGAUGAGGAGGGACGCGGCAAGGCCUACAGCAACGGAGACCUCUUCACUGACGAAUACAAGAUGAAGGGAGUGGAGGAGGUGAAGUACAUGAGAGGGGAGGAAAACCGGGUGAACGCACGCAACCAGGAGAAUCUGGAGAAGAGUAAUGUGCAGUACAGGGGCAAACAGCAGAAAGAGGUCUCCUCAGCAAACAUCAAGUCUAACAUUCACACGUCAGAGAGCCAGCAAGAAUUUUUCAGAAUGCUGGAUGAGAAGAUUGAGAAGGGACAAGACUACUGUUCGGAGGAGGAGGAGGAGGAAGAUGGGACAUAGCACAAAGGCCCCCGAGAUGCACCCUCACAGAGAGCCUCACAACGUGUGUGUGUGUGUGUGUGUGUGUGUGUGUGUGUGUGUGUAAAUGCGGACGUGUGUGCUUAUGUGUGCCAGAGAGAGUUGAACCAGUGUUUUAGCAGUGACGGGACUCUGUAUGUGUUGGUAUGAGCAUGUGUGUGUUUUUGGACGUAUGGCAAAGAUAGUAUUUUAAUCGAAAGAGUGGUGGAUACAUGAGAGAGAGAGAGAGAAAUGGGAUGAAGAGCACUUUCUUCAGAGACUACAGCCCUCCUCACCCCUUCCUGAGCGGACAGAUGGAGGUGGCGGAGCGAUGAAGGGACAGACGGAUGAAAAGAGGGAGCGAUGGUGGAGGACGUGACGAGCAGGAGACCGUCGGCUCAAACUGAGUAAUUUCAUCAAGCAGCUCCUCAUCCCUCCAUCUGUCCCUCCGUAUUUAUCCGGCUGUACCUCUGUGGGUUCGAUCCUGAAUAUUUAACCCAUGCAAUUGGACAUAGGAACUCCUAAAUAUGGAGCUCCCAGUACGGACACAUGUCCUUGCUGGGUGUGAUGGGGACGAGACACACACGUAAAGAAGAAAGGAGGCCCUGGGAAGAAAAGGUGGUGGAGGCAGAGGCGUUGCGUAACACCACCAGGAUCCCACACUGAACUUCUACCUACAGCCAUGCCGACUGGGCCGACUCGGCCACGAGGGGACUGAGAGAAUGGGUGAGGGCGGGUGAGGAAAGAGAAUGAAAAAUUGUGAUAUUUUAAUAAGAGAGAGUAGGGAGCCAGCCGGUGAUUUUAGAAACUCUAAACUCCUCCUGCCUUCUGAAGUCAAGGACUUUUUGUGUUUCGCAACUACAUGUUCAGUUAUUUGUUUCCCUCUUUUCUGAUGUUAUUUUCUUCAGUUUGUUUUACUCUUGGCUUCCUUUUGUAGUGCAUCAUCAUCAUCACCAAUUCAAUUAUCGUUCUCCUCACCACAGCAGGCUGAAGCUGUGUUAAUUCAACCCAAUCCAUCCUUCAUAUAUUAAUAUUGCAGAUCCACACACACACACACACACACACACACACACACACACACAUAGUCUGUUUUUGUACAUAUCGUAGCACACUUUCAUUCCAACACACCUCAGCAUGUACAUAUAAACCAUACAAACACACACACACACACACUAUUGUAUCCCUUUUCAUUUCACCAGCAGACUGUCAUGUGCAUCAUAAAGCUCUGUUUCCACUUUGAUUCAGUGUUCUCACACACACACACACACACACACUGAAGCAGAAAACUGGGCUGAGCUCAAAGGGAGGAUGCGUUGUUGCCCUGUAGACACAGAUCACUUUUCUUUUUUUUCCUCUUUACCGGAUACUUCCUGUUCUAUUAUUUUGGAUACUUUUUUUUUUCUAUUAAAAAUAAAAACGAAGAAGCGCUUA